AUAUGCUUCGUCCCUCCCGGGGCCCCCAGACGAUUAGUAGGCUCCUCUCUCCGUCAGAGGUCUCCUGACCUGAAGGGUCACUUUGUCAGGUCGUGCCACUGGCCAAGCUCCCAAUGACAGAUGGGUUUGUCCGCUGACGAGGAGGAAGCGAGUCGUGAUCCUGCAGGGUCAAACUGAGGAGUUCCCUCUGUCCCUCUGCCAGGCCCGUCUCCAGACACUAGUGGAGAAGGACGGCUUUUCCCUUUCUCCGCAGGCACCAUCAUCGUCGUCGUCGUCCGCGUGCGCGUCUUGGAGAGGCGGGGCUCUUCGGAAACGGCAAUGCCGCCACCCUCAGACAUCGUCAAAGUGGCCAUCGAGUGGCCUGGUGCCAACGCUCAGCUCCUGGAAAUCGACCAGAAACAACCCCUGACAGCCAUCAUCAAGGAAGUUUGUGAUGGGUGGUCAUUGCCAAACCCGGAGUACUACACCCUCCGCUAUGCAGACGGUCCCCAGCUCUACAUCACUGAGCAGACCCGCAGUGACAUUAAGAAUGGGACCAUCCUGCAGCUGGCCGUGUCUCCGUCCCGGGCCGCGCGCCAGCUGAUGGAGAGGACGCAGUCGUCCAGCAUGGAGACGCGGCUGGACGCCCUGAAGGAGCUGGCCAAGCUCUCUGCCGACGCAACCUUUGCCACCGAGUUCAUCAACAUGGACGGCCUCGCCGUGCUCACGCGCCUCGUGGAGAGUGGGACCAAGCUCCUGUCCCAGUGUACGUGUCUCAGUUACAGUGAGAUGCUGGCAUUCACCCUGACCGCCUUCUUAGAGCUCAUGGACCACGGCAUCGUCUCCUGGGACAUGGUGUCGAUCACCUUUAUCAAGCAGAUUGCAGGCUACGUGAGCCAGCCCAUGGUGGACGUGUCCAUCCUUCAGAGGUCCCUGGCCAUCCUGGAGAGCAUGGUCUUGAACAGCCAGAGUCUGUACCAGAAGAUAGCAGAGGAGAUCACCGUGGGACAGCUCAUCUCCCACCUUCAGGUCUCCAACCAGGAGAUUCAGACCUACGCCAUCGCACUGAUCAACGCCCUUUUUCUGAAGGCUCCUGAGGACAAGCGACAGGACAAGCACCUUCACCCUCUAGACCUGCCUGCCACUGAUAUGGCCAACGCGUUUGCCCAGAAGCACCUGCGCUCCAUCAUCCUGAAUCACGUGAUCCGAGGGAACCGCCCUAUCAAAACGGAGAUGGCCCAUCAACUGUAUGUCCUGCAAGUCCUGACUUUUAACCUCCUGGAGGAAAGGAUGAUGACCAAGAUGGACCCCAAUGACCAGGCCCAGCGAGACGUUAUAUUUGAACUGCGGAGGAUUGCCUUUGACGCGGAGUCAGACCCCAGCAGCGGCCCCGGGAGUGGUACUGAAAAGCGCAAAGCCAUGUACACCAAAGACUACAAAAUGCUGGGGUUCACUAACCACAUCAACCCCGCCAUGGACUUUACCCAAACUCCUCCUGGGAUGCUGGCCUUGGACAACAUGCUCUACCUGGCUAAAGUCCACCAGGACACCUACAUCCGGAUUGUGCUGGAGAACAGCAGCCGGGAGGACAAGCACGAGUGCCCCUUCGGCCGCAGCGCCAUCGAGCUCACCAAGAUGCUCUGUGAGAUCCUCCAGGUCGGGGAGCUGCCAAACGAAGGGCGCAAUGACUACCACCCCAUGUUCUUCACCCACGACCGCGCCUUCGAAGAGCUCUUUGGGAUCUGCAUCCAGCUGCUGAACAAGACCUGGAAAGAGAUGCGGGCGACAGCCGAGGACUUCAACAAGGUCAUGCAAGUGGUCCGAGAGCAGAUCACACGGGCUCUGCCCUCCAAGCCCAACUCCCUGGACCAGUUCAAGAGCAAGCUCCGCAGCCUGAGCUACUCGGAGAUCCUGCGGCUGCGCCAGUCGGAGCGGAUGAGCCAGGACGACUUCCAGUCCCCCCCCAUCGUGGAGCUGAGGGAGAAGAUCCAGCCUGAGAUCCUGGAGCUGAUCAAGCAGCAGCGCCUGAACCGGCUCUGUGAGGGCAGCAGCUUCCGGAAGGUGGGCAACCGCCGGAGGCAAGAGCGGUUCUGGUACUGCCGCCUGGCCCUGAACCACAAGGUUCUGCACUACGGCGACCUGGACGACAACCCUCAGGGGGAGGUGACGUUCGAGUCCCUGCAGGAGAAAAUUCCUGUUGCAGACAUUAAGGCCAUUGUCACUGGGAAAGACUGUCCUCAUAUGAAAGAGAAGAGUGCUCUGAAGCAGAACAAGGAGGUGCUGGAAUUGGCCUUCUCCAUCCUGUAUGAUCCUGACGAGACCUUAAACUUCAUUGCCCCUAACAAGUAUGAGUACUGCAUCUGGAUCGACGGCCUCAGUGCCCUGCUGGGGAAGGACAUGUCCAGCGAGCUGACCAAGAGUGACCUGGACACACUGCUGAGCAUGGAGAUGAAGCUGCGGCUCCUGGACCUGGAGAACAUCCAGAUCCCCGAGGCUCCGCCGCCAGUGCCCAAGGAGCCCAGCAGCUAUGACUUUGUGUACCACUACGGCUGAGCCAGGCCGGAGGGCCCACCCGGCCCGGGGGAAACUCUCAGCCGGGUGCCUUGUCUUUCGUUCGCUUGUACAGACUCUGUGGGGACUGUGGUGGCCAGUCAGGGCCAGCCACUCCUCCAACAUCAGCUCAGAGUCACGGGGCAGGUGCUCUGCCCUCCCACCACCCCGAGGCCUGGGAUCGGCCACGAGGCAUGAGCAGCGUGAGCCUGAGAUCUCGCCUCUGGAGCCGGAUCUCACUGCAGCCGCUCACCUUUUCUCCCUGCACCCGCGCCUAGGUUGGCAGGGCCCCUGCUGAGCAGGACCGGGCCGGCAGGCUGCCUACAGAAGACAGGAGCACCGGGCCGUGGGGGACCUUGAGCGGCUGUUUUCGUGAGGCCCCCGCCUGUGAUUACGGGUCUCGGCCUCGGCUGUGCUCUUGGCAGGAGCCUUGGGCCUUUAGCUUUCGUCUUCUCCAUCAGGGCUGACUCUAGCCUCACACGGUGCCAAGAUGCUGCUGCUUCUGAGACUGGCUCUCACCGCUCCCUCUCGGGAGCCGCCAGAUCUCUUGCCCAUGCAACCUUCAGGACAGGUGGAGAUUUCUCCCUGACGUAGUCUCAGCCUCAGCCUGCAAGUCAGAGGCCUCCGGGUGGCAUGCCACCCUCUCAGUCUCAAGGAACUCUGCUGGGAGAGCCCAAAGGAGAUCACUAGGUCCCAGGCCCCCACGCCGACACCUUUUCCUUCCAGGGCAGAAACCUGACAGCAGUCUGGCCGGCCCCAGGACACCUGCCCUUGCCUUUCUCCCCUGCCCAGUGCUGUGGUUUCAGCCGGGGGCCGUGAUUUCGGGGUGCCAUUGGAGCGCCCCUGGUGCUGGAGCAUGAGUCAGCCACACACCCGGCCUCUCCGGGGAUGCUCUCGGACUCAGUGGCAUUUGUAGAGGUAGCCCCGCAUGGUAGGUACUGUCCAAUGAAGAGUGUACUAUAUAUUUUCUUUACUAUAGGCCAUACUUAUACAGACGUGUAUAUAUAUUUAUAGAAGAUCUACUUAUCCUCGGAUACGAUGUUAGUGGGGAAUGAAACUGGGGGCAAAGAAUAAUAACAUUUCCACUUGUGAGCCAAGAUUCUAACCGAAAGCAGCCAGGAGCUUCCUGUCAGUAACCAAGUUUUCAAUAAAUACUCUUUCAUGUACAAACCA